AAUUUAUUGAGUGCAAAUCCAGUUAUUGAGGGCGGGUGACUAAGGAAAAAACAGCCGAGAAAACUCCAAAGUCCUACCCGGACUAGCCGCGGUCCAUGGUGGCGAGUCGUAUUCGAACCCUACUCAAGAAACCGAGUCCACUCUCUUACCUUCUCCGCACCCUCCGCCAUUCCUCCUCCUCCUCUUCUUACCUUUUUCCGCCCGCCGCCAACCCUAAACCCCGUCAAUUCUUCUCCGACGAUGCGGCGGAAGGCGGGAGCUCCGUCUACCGUCACGCCCUCAAGUUCCAGCGCCCGUCCACCAUCAAGUGGAGAAAAGAGUUGUUCAACUCCGUCAGCUUCAUCGGAACAGUCGACCGUCCUCCCAAGCAAGUUAAGUCCGUCAUUGGAUUCGGUGCUUACACAUUGAUCAACGUCAAAACCUCCCCCGACUCUAACCAGUUUCUCAAGAUUCUCUUGAAGAUGUGGGAUGAGAUGGCCGAAAUAUCCAUCAAGCAUCUGAAACCAGGUGAUUGUGUUUAUGUCUCUGGCCAUUUGCAAUUAUACACUAAAAUUGAUGAGAAUGGAAAGCUCAAUACAUCUUACCAGGUAGCGGUGGAGGAAAUGAAUUAUGUUGUGCAAUGUGGUCAAGGCCUGAACAAUAAGAAAUCCGAACCAUCAGAUUCUGGGGAAGGUGAAACUGGUUUGGAAAAAUACAAGGAACACCUACACUUGUGGCAAGUUUUCUUUACCAAUCCAUCUGGGUGGCUGGAUUACAGAAGACGGAAGUCAAAACCAAAUCAUCCAGAUUUUAAGAACAAAGAUACCGGGGAAGUGCUUUGGAUCAGUCGCUACGAUCCUCCAUGGAUUAAGAGACAACUCCAAAUGUAUGAUACUAGUUGGCAGAACAACGAGGCCUCUGGGAUUACCCGAGUUCACGCUCUAGUUUGUCACCGAUGGUUUAUGAUGACUAGGAAGAAAUUUGCAAUCUUUGAAAAGAAGAACAUUGUGGAUUGGAGCUUUAGUCUGCAAAAUUGCAAUGAACACUGCCCGUUUCUUCUUGUUGAUUCCAAGGCAAAAGUGUUAGGGAUCUUGUUCAGAAGACUAUGAAAGGACUAAAAGUGACAUUAUUGACCGAUCCAGAUACUUUGGGGAACUUUGCUUGUUCCCAUGUGCAAAUACAGUAGCUGUGCAGAUUUUAUUUGAAAGAUGGAACUAUACUAUACUUCAUCACACGGUAUAAUUUGGAUAUCGUAGUAGGGGACGAUGAUUCACCAUUGGUGGUGAUGUACAUGCAAUUUUGUUUUCUUAAUGGGAAGGAAUAUAUAGCGGGAGAGAAAGAUGGGUGAUUUUGCCACCUCUUUUGGUGAAGUUUUACCUUGCAAUACUCUUAUAUCUGUGGUGUGUGCAUUUCCAUUUUUCUUUUUCGGCCUUUGUUUCAGUGACAUUACCCUCUGUCUUGAAUGCUUAUCAAUGCCGCUCCUUUUG